AUGAGAGAAAUUUUAGACCAUCAAAGUUCAGUAUGUAAACAAAAAUACCAGCUAUUGUUCCAUCGUUUUGUCAAAGAAGAAAAGCAAAUUGACUUGGAGCGGUGCAGUCAUAGUAGACAGCAUGACCUCUGGAGAAGAUUUGUGAAACGUUGGAACGAUGGAAAAAUGCGCAAACAAUGGUAUUCCUUAAUGCAGGCUCCUAUAACACACCACAAUGAUCAGUCAUCGGUGGGACCAAGCAAACCAACAAGCGAUGAUUUGUACGAUCGUCAAGAACUACGGGAGCAGAUUCAAGAACAACAAAAUUCUUCCAAACGUUAUGAAACUAAGGUAAGAGCAAGGCGUGAAACCGAAAUGCUCGACGAAAUCCUGCCUAAAGAGCCAGCGGGAAGUAAACAAGCGCUGUUGCAAAAAAAGAAGGAAAAACAACACACUCUGAAGCAAUACCGUGAACGGUCAGAUGAAGAAACGGAAUUGAAUGAGAAUGAUUUAUUUGGUGAGUCUGACUCUUUUACCAAGCAGAUUGAACGAGAGCGUUUAAGAAAAAAAAUGCGAGAUGAAAAACGACAGGUGCAUCACUCCCAGAAAGACGAAGGAAUCCUUCAAAAGAUGCAGGAACGGAAAGAGAAGGAAAAGAAAACUAUAGAAAUGUUACGGGAAAUGGCUCAGAGCCGCUUCACAAGAUCAUCUUAG